AUGGCUUCGUCUCUCGCUGCGCAGCUGUCGCAGAUUGCAGCGAAAUCGACCCACGAGCUCGAUCUAAAAACCCAGCGAAUCGCCCAUUCUCAGUCAUUGAUCUUCGAUUACAAGGUUGCUGGAUCUCAGGAUUUCGAUACCGUCUAUGAUAUCUGUUAUGAAGGCUUCCGCGAGCUUUGCUCUUUGGAUGGCCGAUUCGAGGAGUUCGAGCGCACAAUCUUCAGCCAACAGAGCAAGGCCGAAGACCGGAAGGAGAUGAAUGCUGCUCAAAAUAAAGAGCUGGAUGCGGCAAUUGAAGCCUUCCUGUCGCUUGUUGGAGGAAGAUUGCAGCUGAGCCCUGCAGUCAAAGCUGUUGAUUGGCUGGUGAGAAGGUUCAGAUCGCAUGAAUACAAUUCGGAAUAUAUGAUCUUGACAUUCCUUCCCUACCAUACGACUCCGCUUUUCUUGAACCUGCUUGCGAUCCUGCCCACCAACCUCACGCCUACGUUCAAAGUGCUCUACCCUUAUAAGACUGGCUCAAUCAACCCCCCCACGACACCCGAUCGCGCGCAUAGCCACUCGUUACUCUCCUUCUGGGCGGGUAUCAUCACCGAAGCAGUCGCUGGGAUGUUGGAGGCGGCGCGCUCAGGUCGCCGCGAGGCAGAGAAGCAAAAGCACGAAGAUAUCAUUCUUCGGGUGCUUCCAGUACUCAGUACUGCUUUUGCAAUGAAGAAGGUGCCAGAGCUAAUUAUCAGUUGUUACAUGAUUUCUGUUGUGUUAGCUCAGAAGGCUUCUCUUGCAGAUGAUGUUCUGGAUGGUCUCAUGGAGAGUGUGGUGACCUCUUGGAAUGAAGAAACCAUGAGCUCCGGCUUAAUCUGUUUGGCAGUUCUUGCCCAGCAGAAGCCGUCCGCCGCUCUGCCCCAGAGGGUAUUCAAGGCUAUCAUUCGCAUUGAGCGCCCCUUGCACCAACUCGCAGAGAUUGCAACCCAAUACAGCACAUCGAAGCUUCUGCUUGGGCUUGUUGCUGGCUGCGUCGAGCAAAUGAAUGAGCAGAAGAACAACUCAUAUCUUACUCUCUUAUCCUCCAUUUUCGAGACCAAUGCCUUCCAGGAGGAGGAUGUGAAGACAGCCAUCACUCUGGUUCUCAAGGCCGCAAGUAACUCUGAAAAUACUUGCGAUAUGUCUUUGGAAAGCCAAACACAGCUUGCCGAGCUUGUUCAGAGUUUCAGCCGAGCUGGCUCUCUUCAGUCUAUCUUCCAAAAUGUGGUGGCCGAAUCAUCUCUUAACAUUCCGGCAUUGGAACACAACCUGCAAACCGUUAUUGAGGCUCCUAUUCAGCCUCAACUUAUUGAGGACGUGGAGAUGGAAGAUGUUGAUUAUCAAGAUGUGGACCACUUCACACCUGCUCUUGAGUCUCUUGCCAAGUCUCCUCGAUUCCCUGCCUCGUUCCUUAGCAAGCAGUAUAUCCCCGAAUUCAACAACCUGGUUCAAGUAUUUGCCUUGGGUGUUGACUCCAAAGCCAAAAUUGCUCAAUUUGUUGAGCUCCCAAUUUUGAGCAAAACUGACGCUGCUAGUGCGCCACAAUUCCUGUCGUUCUUCAUCCGUGUCGCUUCAGGACAUUACCCCAUGGGAACGAAGAUUGCCGCUCUAAACAUCAUUACUUCUGUGCUCUCAUCAGUAGAUGGUGAUUUCGAUCCUCAGGCUUUGUUGCCAUUCCUGCUUGUGGCUCUUGCGGAUCCGUCAGAGCGAAUCCGACGUGAAGUUACGGGCGUUCUGGCACUUAUCGCCUCCAUUUACAAGAAGAACAAGAAGUCUGAUGAGGGCUCCAGCAAGCCCUGGGCUCAUGACCAAAUUUAUGGCAAAGGAAAGAUCUCGAGCAGUGUCUCAUGGUUAUCAAGCCGAGAUGCCCUCAAGGUUCUGGAUCGUGCCUUGCUCCCUGGCCUCGAGGAAUACAUCCUGGAUUCGGCCCAUAUCGCGAAGGUGCUUGAUGCCACUAUUCGAGGAUCCGCACUAUCAGAAGACUCCGGUGCUUCGGAGUUGAAGAAGUCCCUUCGUAGCAGCAUCUUCGCUUUCCUCGCCUCACACACAAACCAGAUGCCAGUUUAUGGAUCUAAGUUUGGCUUGUUGCGACUCCUCAACCGUAUUAAGAAGGUUCCCGGAACUACUCGGGCCAAGGACCUUAUGCCCUUGCUUCAAAACUGGCGUAAUCUGAACGAAAAGGAGGUACAGGAAAUCUGUGCGGCAGAGCAUCUAUCCGCUUCUGAUGCCGAACAAGACGUCGUGGCUAUCGUUACCGCAAAGGACAGCGAUGCCAUCGACAUUUUGUUGUCUAGCGUUAGUCCUGAAUCCGUGCGCUCCUCUUUCGUUGCUGCUGGAUUUUCUCGAAUGAAGGAAGUCUGGGCCAAGAUCUCCGAGGAGGUCCAAUUGCCUGCUGCUGAGAAACUCUUGGAUAUCUCCCUGGGUCUUUCGGACAACACAACCUUGGCAGACAGCUGCCGCGAUGUCCUUCGCAGCGUUGAGCUCUCAGGUCCUAUCCUGAUGAACUUCGUUAACAAGAUCCCUGUUUCCUUGACCAACAUUGAAAGCCUUGGUCCUGCUCCCAAGAGAAGACGCACUAGCCAGAGCAACAUGAUUGCCAUGACUGUGAAGGAUGAGGCCGAAUUCAGCAAGCUUAUGGACAAAAUGACCUUUAUUCUGGAGGUCGUGGAUAGCUCCAGCCCCGACUCUUACCCCGAACUUGCGCCCGGUCUAUUUGAAACCCUUGCUGCUCUUCAUCACUUCAAGUCUCAGAUCCAAUCUGGCAUGAGCUACCUCUUGAGUCUGACAUUGGGCAGCUUGUUGGCCAUUGUCAACAAGUCAAAGGGCGCCGCUAAGGCCCUGUUUGACACCUCUGCUAUCCGCGCUGAUCUGGUUGUGGACUGUGUACGAACAACAGAAAGCCCACAAGUCCAAAACGCUGCUCUUCUUCUCGUUGCCGGACUCUCCGUGAUUGCGCCUGAGCUUGUCCUUCACAGUGUCAUGCCUAUCUUCACUUUCAUGGGAUCUAGUGUGCUGCGCAAGGAUGAUGACUAUUCCGUUUCGGUCAUUGAUCAAACCAUUGACCAUGUGGUCCCAGCUCUCAUUCAGUCUCUUCGUAGCCAGAAGCGUGAUGUCGUGUCUGGUACUUCAGAGUUGUUGCUCAGCUUCACUGCUGCGUUCGAGCACAUUCCCUCCCACCGUCGUCUCCGUCUCUUCCACGCUCUCAUUACCAAGCUCGGUGCUCAAGAUUUCUUGUUCGCUGUCUUGGCUAUGCUUGCAAACCGUUACGCCACUGACAAGGAUGUUCUUACUCUGAUGACUGGAAUUGUCUCGGAUACCGCCCCCGUUGUCGAGCUCACAUCCUACAGCAAGUACCUCAACCUCGUUAUCGAUGCCUUCCAGGCCAAGCCUGGUAUCUCUCAAGUUCUCCUCGGAAUCGGCAGCGACGAUGGCCGUGAUCCUCAGAAGGUUGCUGUCGAUUUGCUGCGUGAUCUUGCUCACCUGCUCAAGCAUUCUACUCUCAAGUCGAAGCUUGAGGCUGCUUUCGAGAACGAUGAUGAUCAUGCGGCUCAAGUUCGCGCUUGCUUCUCUCGCGUUCUUGGCCAGGUCUUGAACAUUGGCGAAUCAGUGCAAAGCAUGAAGCCUGUCAGCCAGGCAUGUGGCGAACUCCUCGGCGCUCUGUUCGGUACUCUUUGCCUUGUCGACUUCUUGGACACAAUUGAAGUCUUGCUUGAAGAUCCCAAUGAUGAUCUUCGACGCAAGGUCCUUCGCCUGUUGGAGAACCGCCUGCGCCAGAACCCCGAACGUGACAGCGAGUCUCAAAUCCGCGUCCUUGACUUCUUGCCUACAUUGGUUAAGAUUGUGGAAUCAUCGCCCGAUGCCAUGCUUAAGCACGCUGCUGUCGCUUGUAUCGAUCGUAUUACCGAGAAAUACGGUCGCAAGGACCCGUCAAAGGUCAUCACUGCUGCCAAGAUUGUUGCCAGCACCUCCUGCCUUGGCUGUGAUGAUGAGCGCAUUCGUAUUAUGGGCACCCUCUGCUUGGCCUCUAUGGCUGAAGUUUUGGGCCAAGCCAUGAUCCCCGCGCUCCCAGAAACUCUCAAGCAGUCUGUCGGCCUUCUGGAGCUGAGCUUGACCCCUGGAAAGGAGAACUCACGUCUGCACGAUGCCGUUUUCCAACUCUUCUCAUCCCUUCUCAGUAACCUCCCCUUCAUGAUUUCAGCAGCCAAUUUGGACAAGAUUCUUCUCUUGUCUUUCAAGUCCAGCAAUGCCAAGCUCGAGGAAUCUUGUGAGGAUAGUCGCCAAGAAACUCUCCAUUUGAUGGCAGCACGCAAGAUGGAUCUCGCAGCCACUCUGGGUGCCAUCAACCGUAACUGGGAGCAUGCUGUGAAGGCUGGUCCUACUGCCACAAACGAGGUCUUGCAGGUGCUCAGCCUCGCUGUUGAGAAGAACGCCAAGUCUACUGUCUCCGCCAACAUUAGUGUGCUUACCACUAUCCUCUUCAAGGCAUUUGACUUGCGACGCGACCAAACAGCUCUGGGAGAGAAGGCUCGAUUCGACGCAGACGACUUGGACGAGGCUGAGACUGGUCUGAAUGAUGUGACAAUUAAGAUGAUCUACAAGCUUAAUGACAGCACUUUCCGACCGCUCUUCACCAAACUGGUGGAAUGGGCUACAACCGAUGCUUCCAAGAAGGACGAACAGAGUCAGCUCGCCCGCCUCACCACUUUCUACAAGUUCCUUCAGGUGUUCUUCGGCACCCUCCAGUCAAUUGUCACUGGUUACUCCAGUUAUAUUAUGGAGAAGACUAUCGAGAUCUUGGGCACAGCUGGUCCUGCCAAGGCUACCAAGUCACUUUGGCUGGCAACUCUCCGUACCCUGCGCAAUUCAUUCGAGCAUGACCAAGAUGAAUUCUGGCAAUCACCUUCUCACCUGAACGCCAUCUCCGUUCCCCUUAUUUCUCAGCUGGCCUAUGCCACUACUUCCAAGUCAUUGACCCUCGUUGUCGAAGAAGUUGUGCCAGCUAUCACUGAGCUUGCUAUCGCAGCUGACUCGACUGAUAACCACAAGGAGCUCAAUGUCGCCUUGAUGAGAUAUCUCCGUCCCUCAACCGCUCCGAAUGCCAAGUCGGCUGGUGGCGACAACCCGCUCACUCGCCUUGCUGCUCUGAAGGCUGAAAUGGCCCUCACCGAGCAGCUCGGUGAAGAAUGGCUUGCUCUUCUGCCGGAGAUGCUACCAUACAUUAGUGAGCUUAUGGAAGAUGAGGACGAGAGUGUUGAGCGGGAAGUGCGGAAGUGGGUUAAGCAGAUCGAGGGUGUUCUGGGUGAACGACUGGAUGAUAUGCUGACCUAG